AUGGCACCAAUUCGCGUCGGCAUCAUCGGCCUCUCCGCCAGCGCCAAAACCGCUUGGGCUUCUCGCGCCCAUCUCCCAUACCUCCUCUCCCCUCUCGGUCGCUCCAAGUACCAAAUCACAGCCCUCCUCAACUCUUCCGUUGAUGCCGCCAACCGUGCAAUCAAGGCGUACGAUCUGCCCGCCGAGACAAAAGCGUACGGCAACCCAGAGGAUCUGGCUGCCGACCCAAACGUCGACCUCGUCGUCGUCUCAGUGCGAGUCGACUUGCACCACGACACGGCGCUUCCCAGCGUCAAGGCCGGCAAGGAUGUCUACAUCGAAUGGCCACUUGCACAGGAUGCGAAGCAUGCCAAAGUACUCGCCGAUGCUGCCAAAAAUGCUUGUGGCAAGACCUUGGUUGGCAUUCAAGGUCGAACGGUACCUCUUUAUCACAAGAUCGGCGACCUCUUGCGGGAGGGACGCAUCGGCAAGGUCUUGAGCAGCGAGGUUAAGGCGGCAGGUGGCUUGAUCGACCGCGCUGUCGUUCCAAUUGACCUGAAAUAUUUCACCGACAAGAGCAUCGGAGGAAACAUCUUCACCAUUGGCUUCGGUCAUUUAUUUGACCAGGUCCAGCAUGUCUUGGGAGAUGCAUCAAACUUCAAAUCCCAUCUGCAGAUCCAGCGUCCUGAUGUGAAGAUCAAGGACGCUAAGACGGGAGAAAUUGUCGAGACGGUCAAGUCCAACGUACCGGAUCUCGUCAUCGCCGCUGGUACUCUUCCAUCAUCAGACAUCGUCUCUGAGGACGCCACACUUCUUCUCAGAUACCGUAAAGGUCAAGCCUUCAAGGGCGAUGCGCCUCUGGUCUGGACCAUCAAUGGCGAAAAGGGUGAGAUCAAAUUAACUUCAAAUGUGAGCACGGCACUGCAGGCAUUCGCGGACCCCAAAGAUAUCCGGAUCGAGGUGCACGAGUUUGAAAAGGAUGAGAUCGAGGAGGUUACCUGGGGCUGGGGCGAUUGGGAGUCUGAGUUGCCCUUACCAUCAAGGAUCAUCGGCGCAGUCUAUGAGGCGCAUGCACAGGGUGAAACCAAGGAUAUCGCAACUUUUGAGGAUGCGUUGAAGAGGCACCAACAGCUCGAAGAAAUCUUCCCGCUGGCUGAUUAG